UCUGAAUGACUUAGAAGAAUUUGUAAAAGUGACAGAUGCUGGACUUCAAAGAGAGGUGACCGAGGGAGAUUACUGUGUGCUGGUAGAAAUCAUGGGCUAUCUCUUGGCUGUGAAGCAGACGCAGACAACUGCUGAUGAACUCUUUGAACCUUUAAAAGAGAUGGUUGAACUGUUAGAAAGCUAUGGACAGAAGAUGCCAGGCGAAGUUUAUGCCCAGUUAAAGGAAUUGCCUGAAAAAUGGAAUGCCGUUGAGAAGAGAGCUAUGUCGGUAAAGCACAAAGUAACUUCUCUUCAGGCAUCUGAGGUUGCAGUUAUCAGAAGAAAAUGCAUUUCAUUUGAUGGGAAGCAGAUGGAAUUCAGACAAAGAUUUAAAAAGGAAGCUCCCUUUCAGUUUGAUGUGGAAAAUGCAUAUGCUCCUCUCGAUAAGAGCAGCAUUGAUGAUUGGGCUAAAACCCAGUGGAGACAGAUUAAUGUGGAACAGAUGGAUGUGGAGCUCGGAAGGUUUGCCAAGGCAG